AUGAGUGACGCCGCACCCGUACCCGCAGCCGGUGGCGCUGAGGCACCCUCCAAGAAUGCGCUGAAGAAGGCACAGAAAGAGAAAGAGAAGGCCGAGAAGAAAGCUGCAGCGAAAGCCCGUGAACUUGCUGAGCGCACCAAGAAAGAAGCCGACGAUGCUGCCGAUGUAUCCGCCGGUUCAUACGGCGAACUUCCUCUUACUGGAUCCAAAGACUACAAGCCUACGGGAACCCCACGCACUGAUCUGGCCGAAGUCGCCAGUAAUGAGGACAAGGAGAUUACGUUCAGAUGUUGGGUGGAGAACGCGAGAGUUCAGUCUGCCAAACUCGCUUUCUUGAAUCUGCGCCAAAAUCUUAGCACAAUCCAGGCAGUUGUUGCGGCUAGCGACAAGUUGAGCAAGCAGAUGGUCAAAUUUUGCGGCAACGUCAGCACUGAAAGCACACUCGUUGUCACGGGCAUUGUCAAGCGCGUGAAGGAGCCCAUCAAGAGUGCUAGCAUCACCGACUUCGAAAUCCAUAUCCAGAAGCUGUUUGUCGAGGCUACCGCCGAGAUCCCGCUGCCACUGCAAGUGUCUGAUGCUGAGCGACCAUUGCCAAAUGACGCUGCCGUAGAAGAGGACGAGAAGGUGGAAGAAGGAUCUGAACGCCCACUUGUCAGCCUGAAUACAAGGCUUAACAACAGGACAAUCGAUCUUCGGGCCAAGAUCAACCAGGCCAUCUUCGUCAUCAAGAGCGGCGUGUGCGCCUUGUUCCAAGAGUUCCUUUCCAAGAAGGGAUUUGUCCUUGUUCAUACUCCAAAGAUACUCGGCGCUGCCUCUGAGGGCGGAGCGAACGUCUUUGAGCUGAAGUACUUCGGUCGUCCCGCCUACCUUGCUCAGUCGCCGCAAUUCUACAAACAAAUGCUGAUUGCGUCCCGCUUCCAAAAGGUUAUGGAAAUAGGUCCUGUCUUUCGCGCUGAGAACUCCAACACCGCCCGUCAUCUCACUGAGUUUACUGGGCUGGAUUUGGAAAUGGAAUUCCAAGAGAACUACCAUGAGGUCAUGGGUGUACUAGAGGAUCUCAUGCUCUUCAUCUUCAACGAGCUCAACACGCGCUACAAGAAGGAGACGGAGCUUGUCCGAGGAGUCUACCACAUCGACGAGUUCAAGCUUCCUGAAUCCGGAAAAGUACCCAGGAUCCCGUUCCAGGAAGGUAUUAAGAUGCUCCGCGAAGCUGGUGAGGAGCUCGGCGACUACGAUGACCUGACAACCCCUCAAGAAAAGAAGCUUGGCCGCCUUGUCCUCGAAAAGUACAACACCGACUUCUACACACUAGACCAGUUCCCUCUCGCCAUCCGUCCCGCCUACACGAUGCCAUCACCCGCCGAUCCCGCUCUUUCCAACUCUUACGACAUGUUUAUGCGAGGUCAGGAGAUCUGCUCUGGCGCACAGCGCAUUCACGACUCAGCUCUCCUCGCCGACCAGAUGCGCAAACACGAUCCCCCAAUCGAUCCCGCCGGUGCUGGAACCAAGGACUACGUCGAUUGCUUCAAGUAUGGCUGCCCACCACACGCUGGAGGAGGGUUCGGAUUGGAGAGAAUCGUGCAGUUCUGGCUGGGCCUGCCCAACAUCAGGAUGUGUAGUCUCUUCCCCCGAGACCCACAGAGGGUUGUGCCAUAA